AUGCAGAAUCUGACUGAACUUCCUUUUAAUGUAACUUCCCAAAAAAGCCUGUCUCUUAUCAUCAAAGUAUGUGCAGUUAUCCCCUUCUUCUGCACCUUCCUCUACUGCAUUGUUGUCAUGCUGCAUGUGUUUGCAUCUCACAGGCAGUUCCUAAACACUCCACGUUACAUCCUGUUUGCCCACAUGUUGAUCAAUGACACCCUGCAGCUUCUGUCCUCUGUGCUGCUUUUCCUACUUGUAAUGGGUCAGGUAAAAUUUCCUGUUUUCUACUGUUUUCCUCUGCUGUUCAUAUCCACUGUUACUUAUCAGAACACACCUUUAAUCCUGGCCGCAAUGUCCCUGGAGCGUUAUGUUGCCAUCUUCUACCCCCUGCAGCGCCCAGCCGCCUGGCGCUCAGGCCGUAUCUGGAUCAUUAAUCUUUGUCUGUGGCUUAUAAGCUGCAUAUUCCUUAUCAUCGAGUACUCCAUCGGGAAGCAACGUCCUGCUGUAGAUGUCCUCUCUACACCUGUACUCUGCAAAAAUUUACUUAUCAACUCAUCUCCAAUCCAAGCAUUAUUCAGAACUGCUGUGAGUGUGAUGUUCUUUGCAGCUGUGGCUGUUGUCAUCUUCUUCACAUAUGUGAGAAUCCUACUGGAAACCAGGAAGCUGAGACAGGACAGAGUAUCUGUGAAUAAAGCCAAGCACACUGUGCUACUGCACGGCUUUCAGCUGCUUCUGUGUAUGUUGGCUUUCACUCUCCCCAUCACUGAAACUCUCAUAUUGCUGUACACUAAAUGGCCAGUAGAAGACAUUACCUAUUUCUGUUUUUUCUGUUUUAUCCUAAUCCCACGCUUUCUUAGCCCGCUCAUCUACGGCUUCAGAGAUCACAGUCUGAGGGGCUACAUUGGGAAAACAUUCCUCUACUGCUCAAACACAGUCAAGCCCCAUUUCAGAAGCAAACAGCAGCUGAAAGCCAAACUUGAUUCUCAGGUGGGGAUUUCCCCUUCUUUGAGUGACAGCAGCCUCAACAUAGCCAUUGUCCUCAUCACUGAGUUCCUUCUCAUCGGUCAUGCCAUCUUCCGCUUUUGA